CGCGCUCAUCUCGACCAUCUCGACCGUCCAGCCCCUUCCACCGUCACUCAUUCUACCCAUUCAGCCAUUUCACCCAUACCCAUACCCAUGCCCUUGCACGGUCCAGAGUCAGUUUGCUAAGGUUACAUGGUCUAUGAUCCCAAGGACACAAGGACCACCCACACAAGCCAACACGAACCACUCAUCCACACCACACUGCACCUACAAUGCCACUUUCCACUUGACAAUAAGACAAAUCCCGCUGGACGAAGCACAAGUUCCAAAUCCACACUCCUUACCACCCACGAAAUUUAACGAUCAAUCAAUCCUAUAUCACGAAAACAACUACCCCUAAACCACAUCUCAAAAUGCAUUUCACCAUGCGCAUCGCCUCUCUCAUCCUGGCCUUCGCUGCCUCCUCCGCCGUCGCCGACCAGUGCGCCUCCGGCUCCACCCUCGACGGCGGCAACUACUUCUGCCAGCUCGUCGACGCCAUCCAGUACUCCAACGUCGGCCACGCCGGCGCCUACAACAAGGUGACCUCCAUGGGUUCCGACGGCAAGUGCGCCACAACCCCCGUCUCCUACUCCGGCUCCCUCGCCCCCCUCGACGAGGAGGUCUCCCUCCACUUCCGUGGCCCCAUCACCCUCAAGCAGGUCGCCGUCUACACCAAGACCUCCGGUUCCUCCAAGAAGCGCGACACCCACUCCCACAGCCGCCACGGCCACAAGGCCUUCCACGCGCGCGCCCUGAAGGAGACCGUCGAGAAGCGCGCUGACAUCGUCACCGCAACCAUCGACGGCGUCGUCCAGACCUGGGAGAACAACUACUUCGGCCCCGGCGGCGCAAAGGCCACUGACGCCCCCGUCGCCGCUGUUGUCAACGCCGCCGCAGCCGCCGUCCCCACCCCUGAGGUCGCCUCCUCCGCCGCAGCAGCCGGCGCCCCCGUCGUCGCAGCCGUCAAGCAGAAGCAGGCCGCUGACCCCAACGCCGCCUACACGCGCAGCGGAUACUACGACGCCGCAUCGCAGACCCUGGACGGCCUGACCUUCCUGGGCAACUACGGCGGUUCGGGAUCCGGCGUCUUCGACAACGUCUUCGGCAACUCGCUCUCCUACCUCAACUCCGCCGGCACCGGCGGCGCCGCCUCCGCCUCCGUCCUCGCCGACGCCCUGAUCGGCAGCAACAAGGAAUUCGCCAUCUUCACCGACAACGAGUGCGUUGAGGGUGACAGCUGCGGCUACACGCGCCCGGGCUCCGUCGCGUACCACGGCUUCGAUGGCGCGGAUAAGGUCUUCCUCCUCGAGUUCGGCAUGCCCGCCGAUGGGUCCUCGGGUUUCAACGCUGAUAUGCCCGCCGUCUGGAUGCUCAAUGCGCAGAUUCCCCGUACCCUCCAGUACGGUGAGGCGAGCUGCUCGUGCUGGACUACUGGAUGCGGAGAGUUUGAUAUUGCUGAGGUCUUGAUGUCGGGCGAUAACAGGUGCAAGUCUACUCUGCACACCAACGCUCCUGGUGGAAGCUCGGAUUACUUCGCUCGCCCUACCAGCGGAACCAUGAAGUUGGCUGUCAUCUUCAAUGGUGCUGAUGGAACUGCCAACAUCCAGAAGCUGAGCGAUGACGCUACCUUCCCUGCCAGCUUGACCUCGGACCAGGUCACCACCUUCCUCAACUCGGUGACGGGGAGCUUGUUGAGCACUUUCAGCGUUGCUGCUUAAAUCACUUCUUUGAAGAGUGAUGGGUAGCUGGUGAUGCCUGUUCUUGCUUUUGCUUUUGAUAUUUUACUUGCAUGCGACAACUUGCCUUUUUGCCGGGGAACGCGGGAAUGGUGGCGGAACGGGCCUGGUGUCUUGAUACCCCCCUCACCGUUUUUUUUUUGAAAUUUUCUCCGCGCGCGUUCUAUCCACGGUGUCUAUCCGGGAUGGGUUUUGGAUACAAACAGGACGGAUUGUAUGUAGGAGGUGGAAAGUUGAUGAUGAUAUAGGCCCGGGGAAAGGGAUAUGGGGGAUGGGGAUGAAAGGAGGUGGAGAGAUGGUGGUGGUGAUCUGUGAAAGCUUCUUCUCGACACGUGCGAGACAUGUGGACUUGUUUAUAUCCCCAUGAGGAGGGGCUGCAGAUUUUUACACUAUAGUUGUUGAGAGUUGAGGGAAUGAGAUGAGAUAAGAAUUGAAGAAAAGUUGCAAAAAAUAUAUAAAAAAAACACCCA